UCUUACAUCACUCUUCCCUCCCUUCCUCCCUCCCAGUGUUCCAGGUUAACCAAGAAGUAUUCAGAAUUGCUCGAAUCAUUGAGAAUCCGUUAAAGUCUGAUCUGGGUGUUCUCGUUUGAAAGCUUCAAGUUUCAAUAAGAUCCAUACGUUUGCUGGCCAGGUUCUGGCUGCACAUUUUUCAGGCGCACAAUGGUUGUCAUUUCGCUGAUGCUACUGGCGUCGAUACUGAGUUCAUUAAUUCAAGGGUUCGAAACCAAUUCUGGAAUCCCUGGGGUGCCUGGUUGUCAUGGAAUACCAGGGAUACCUGGCAAAGAUGGUAGAAAUGGCAUAAAAGGAGCAAAAGGAGAUCCAGGUGUCCCUGGCUUCGCUUUCUCUCAGGGUGAAGAUGGUGAGAAAGGUGAUGCAGGAGACACAGGCCCGGCUGGAAAAAGAGGGCGCAGGGGGCCUGCAGGGGAAAGAGGGAUUCCAGGCAUUGUGGGAGAGAAAGGGGGAAUGGGGCAAUCAGGGGACCACAAACGCACAUUGAAAUCUGCAUUUUCUGCAAAAAGAGGGGGGCACACAUAUCCACCACGGGACACCCACAUCAGAUUUAGUAAAAUCAUAUCCAAUGACCAAAAUCACUACAACAGCGACACAGGUGUGUUCACUUGUAACAUAACUGGCUUUUAUUACUUUGUGUACUACGCAACAUCAGAUAACAACUUAUGCGUUAAUUUGAACAUGAAUGGAAUAAAGAAAGUUGGCUUCUGCAACCACGGCCAGUUCUACCAGACCAGUUCUGGAGGAAUUGUACUCCACUUGCAGGUCAAUGACGAGGUUUGGCUUGAAGUAACAGAUUACAAUGCCAUGAUGGGUAAAGAAGAUCACGACAGUAUCUUCAGUGGAUUUCUUCUCUUUCCAGAUUAAGAAUUCAAGUAAAAUUUUUGGCUGAAUGUUCUGCUGGAAAUUUAAAAAAUUUGUCUUUAUCAUGUGUCUAAUAUUUGCCUAUUAAAAUUGAGACUAAUAAUAUCAGCUUCCUUCUCACUAUUCGUGUUGGUCUUGUUUUUAAUCUGGCAAUUUUACCUAGAAGCUACUUAAUGCCCAUAUCAAAAACUGCCUAUGAGAGAUUGUAAUAUUUAAUUCAUAAAUUCUUUGUUAGACACAAAAAACCCACUGUUUCUGCUCUCUUUCAGUACUAACCUUGACAGUCUUUUCACAAAACAUCACAUCAUUUCAGACAUUUAUAGCAUAGCUGCCCCCUCAGAAAGACACACUGUUAGCUCAGAUUGAAAGUCUAAUCAUGGGUUCUGUAAGAGACAACUUUAUUUCAAGCCAAAUAGUGUUCGUCAAUUCUAGAAUUCGGUUCACUCAGUUUUCUACUUCCAACAGACAAGUAAAAGUAUACUCUGUAAAAUGUAUAAAUUCAGGAGUUGUUUACUUAUAAUGACUUACAUAUUUCAGCAGCAGCUUCAAUAAAUUUGUAAACUUGCCUGAAAAAGCUAGCUGCCCUCUAUGUAUAGUAAUUCUCACUCUGCUUAUAUAUCAUGAGAAACAGCCAGGAGAUAAAUGUUACUUGUUGAUUAUAGUAUGUCCGAAGUGAAUAAUCAUUGCCUUUUUCUGCAUUGAAAAUGUAUGUGGACUCACAAGCAAUUUAUUCAAGAAAAUAUUCAAUAAAUGUGUUUUACAUUGUA